UUCAACAGACUAUUUUUGUUUUGUGAACCACACUGCAUUUAAAAUUUGCUAAACCCUAGCGCGCGCUCUCCCUUAAAAAAGAAAAAAAGGGAAAAAAAAUAAAAAAAUCUAUCAGCCAUGCCGCAAGGGGAUUACAUAGAGCUGCACAGGAAGAGACAUGGCUACCGCCAUGAUCACUUCGAACGCAAGCGCAAGAAGGAGGCGCGAGAAGUUCACAAGCGCUCGCAGAUUGCCCAAAAGGCUUUGGGUAUUAAGGGCAAGAUGUUUGCUAAGAAACGUUAUGCUGAGAAGGCCCUAAUGAAGAAAACAUUGGCCAUGCAUGAGGAGUCUUCGACUAGGCGCAAGGUUGAUGAUGAUGUCCAAGAAGGAGCUGUCCCUGCUUAUCUUCUUGAUCGUGACGCGACAACAAGAGCAAAGGUUCUUAGCAAUACUGUCAAGCAAAAGAGAAAAGAGAAAGCUGGAAAAUGGGAAGUUCCUCUACCUAAGGUCAGACCUGUUGCUGAAGAUGAGAUGUUUAGAGUGAUCAGAUCUGGCAAACGGAAGACUAAGCAGUGGAAAAGGAUGAUCACUAAAGCCACGUUUGUUGGACCAAGUUUUACAAGGAAACCUCCCAAAUAUGAGCGUUUCAUCCGUCCAUCCGGGUUGCGAUUUAACAAAGCCCACGUGACUCAUCCUGAACUUAAAUGUACUUUCAAUUUAGAAAUUAUAGGUGUGAAGAAAAACCCUAAUGGUCCAAUGUAUACCUCUCUUGGUGUUAUAACAAAAGGAACCGUUAUUGAGGUGAAUGUUAGCGAGCUUGGUCUGGUUACUCCUGCUGGAAAAGUUGUAUGGGGGAAAUAUGCGCAAGUCACCAAUAACCCUGAAAACGAUGGCUGUAUUAAUGCUGUUCUACUCGUCUAGAAGAGAGCCACCCCGUGUACCUUUUGUACAAGUUUUGUUUUGGCACUAAAGUUUAUGUGGAAAUGAACCAUAAUUUUGCCUUGCUGCCUAGCAACUAAUUUUGAUGGAUCAAGCUAUAUAAUAUGUUAUCCGUAUUUUUAAGCGUUCACUGACAAAAUUCCGAUGUUAGAUCAGCAGUUUUGUACAAUGUGCUAAGCGAGUGCAUCUUUCUUUUUUCAUAUUAUUCCUUCAUUUUGGUAUUUGAAGAUUUGUCUGUGCUUGAAAGAACUUCAAAAAGGGGCUAUACAGAUUCUUAUGGGAUUUUAUGUUAUUUCAAGAAAUAAUCAAAAAGUUCAGAAGAAA